AUGUCGUCUUCAUCGCAAGGGGGUCCUCCCUCCGACACCCCCUCCACCACCACCAGGUCCGGCUCUCACACACCUCAGCGAAAACCAUCGGGCAAUCCCUUCAACGCGGCCUCCUACCUCUCCUACCCCGUCAGCCACGUCGUCUCGGGCCUGUAUCGCCGCCUGACUGACCCAAAUAUCGCCGCCCCGGAUUCUUCCGUCAUGCCCUGGUCGUUCUCCUCAUCUGGUGCUUCGUCGGAAGUCUACACCCCGCGCCGAACAGCUUCACCCUUUCAACCACCGCCCCUCACACCUCUAUCCCUGACCAUUCCCAAAGGUGAAGACCUCCUCCAGCAGCAGCUCCUCACGCGGGCCCUCGCCGAAGAAAUCCGUCUCCUCGUCCCCGCCCGCCUCCAACUCGUCGAGAAUUGGCGUCUCGCCUACAGCCUCGAUCGCGAUGGAGCCUCGCUAGCCACCCUCUACGACAAUUGCGAACAAUUCUCUCACCGCAGCCCGCGGGCGGGCUACGUCCUCGUCAUUCGCGACUCCUCCCCAUCCGGCGCCGUCUUCGGCGCAUACAUGACCGACGCGCCACACCCAGACUCGCAGUUCUUCGGCACGGGCGAGUGCUUCCUCUGGCGCGCGAGCGUGCUGCCACCCCCGACCAGCCUGGGACUUGCAUUCUCUGGCGACGGACCUCAAAGCGAAGAGGCGCUCGAACGCGCUGGACGUUGGAGCACGUUCCGUGGCGACCCUAAAUCGAAGGAUACCAAAACGAAGACUGAGACGCCCACACACAACCUUAAUAUGAAUAUCAAGACGAAUCUUGCGGCGGCUAGUGGUGGUGCCCUGGCUCCCCCGUCGCCUUCGUCGAUUAAUACCUCGCGUAGCGGAGCGAGUACUCCUGAGCGCAUUCGAUUCAAGGCCUUCCCGUACAGUGGCGUCAAUGAUUAUAUGAUGUUUUGCGAGACGGGAUUCCUCAGCUUGGGUGGCGGUGAUGGGCACUAUGGCCUCUGGGUUGAUUCCGGUCUCGAGAAGGGUGUCAGCGCCCCCAGUCAGACCUUCGGAAACGAGCCUCUCUCCGACGAGGGUGUCAAGUUCGACAUUAUCGGCAUCGAAGUGUGGUAUGUUGGGUCAUAA